GUCCUAGGCUUCGGCGUCGGCGCGGUGGCCGCCGGGUUCUUCAUGGGCUGGCAGCAGUCGCGCCUCGACGCGAAAAAGAAUCGAUCCGUCAACCGCCAGGCGCUCGCGGACCUGUCCAUGCUCGACGAGGCCGAGAUCCAGGAGCUCGUGGGCGAGCUCCCGGCGUGGCUCGCGUUUCGCGACGUCGAACGAGCCGGGUGGCUGAACAAGGUCCUCGCCGCGGCGUGGCCGUACCUGGAUCAGGCGACGUCCGACGUCAUCGUCGCGGCGUUGGAUCCGAUCUUGCAGGCGACGCGUCCGUCGUUCCUCACCACGCUGUCGUUCGAGCGGUUCUCGUUCGGGGACAUCCCCGCGCGCAUCGAGGGCGUGAAGGUAUACGAGACCACGGGGGAUGGGUCCGUGGAGAUCGACCUUCAGGUGUUUUGGGCGGGGGACCCGGACGUCGUGUUGGGCGUCCGCGCCGCGCAAGACGCGCUCAGCGUGCCCGUGUCGCUGACCGAGUUCGAGUGCACGUUCACGCUGCGUCUCAUCUUCGCGCCGCUCCUCGGCGUGUUCCCGUGCUUCGGCGCGCUGACGAUCGCGCUCAUGGACGAGCCGCAGCUGGACUUCGACCUGCGCGUCGUCGGCGGCGACGUCACGCUCGUCCCCGGGCUC